GAUCCCCGCGCACUCGCAGCAGUGCCCGCCGUUCCAGCGGCACGCGGAGUCCGGACGUGCGUGUCGAGCGGCGGACGGAAGCCCACCCCCAAUCUGCGCGGUCGGAUUGCUCCACUAGCCAGCCAGAGCGCGCACGUCGCCGGCCGCUGCCACAGGCCCGCGCCACCGCUACAAGCCCCACUGACGCGGCGUGUUAUCGUGUCGCGCCUCCUGCAUCCUAUAAAUACCGCCGCGGCAUCCCACCAUCUUUGCAUCGAUCAUCAUACUUCCAGUUCCAGAGCUGCAGCAUUGGGUGAGAGACAAGGAGAAGCCAAUCAGGAAGUGCGCCGGCCGGCCUCACGCCAUGGCUUGUCACGUGAAGGCCAUUGUGUUUGGCGCCGCCGUCCUGGCAGCAUUUGUUCUCGCGACUGAGGGCCGCGCUGCUCGGAAGGACCUGGGGCUGGGCCUCGACCUCGGCGGCGGCGGCGGCCUCGGGGUCGGCACGGGCGGCGGUCUGGGAGUCGGCACCGGUGGUGGCGUGGGCAUCGGCUCAGGAAUCGGUGUCGGCAUUGGCGGUGGCGGUGGCGGCUCUGGCUCUGGCUCCGGGUCAGGGUCCGGGUCUUACUCAGGCUCAGGCUCAGGCUCCGGGUCUGGGUCUUGGUCUGGCUCAGGCUCAAGGUCGGGCUCUGGCUCGUCAUCGGCAGGGUCAAGUGCAGGCUCGUACGCCGAGUCGGGCGCGGGCUCGAACGCAGGGCCAGGCGACGCAGGGUCGUACGCCGGUUCACGGGCUGGCUCCUACGCGGGCUCCAACGCCGGGAACGGAGGCUCCGGCGCUGGCUCGUACGCCGGCUCUGAGGCUGGCUCGUACGCAGGGUCCGGUGCUGGCCCACAUGGUGGGUCCGGGGCCGGCUCGUACGCGGGGUCCAGGGCUGGCUCCUACGCUGGCAGCGGGCAUGGCAAGUGAAGUGAGCGUCCGCUGCAUACGCGUCCGUGCCACUCUACCAAAGCGAUAUAUUGUGAGUUGGUGUGUGUUUAAAAUGGAUCGCCUCCAUGCGGUUGUAUAAAAAUAAAAUAAGUGUAGGCGGCGAACGAUGAAUAAGGUGGCAUGUGUAAUAGUGUGUAUAAUUUGCACCCAUGAAUAAUUCAACACAUAUAUGAAGUAAUGAAGAUUGAUUUGGUAUAUGAAGGAUAACAUCAAUUCAAGACCUAAGUUCUUCCCUUUGGCAAAAAAGAAAAAGAAAAAACAAAGACCUAAG